CUCACUAGAUUCUCGAUCAGAAAUAGUCCCCCUUUGAGCAGGACAGUCCAAUACAUAGAUUAAUGGACAUCAGCAUCUGACACAAAUGUUUACUACACCUGCACACACCAUAACAUUAGACUGAUGAGCCUCCUUUCAGAAAACUUCCUUAGAAACCCUUCGACCUCCCCUCCCUCCCUUCGACGGAAAACAAGCCCAAACCGCCUUACGCCUCACGCCCGGUGGAGAAUAUCCAGCAUAAACCGGCGCGAAAUCCCUUCGAGAAUAGACCGCGAAAUCCCUUCAUCGGAAAACGGAAUUCACCGAAAUCCCAGAGAAGGAAUAGACCUAGCAACACUGAGGAGCAGGAGGAAAUUAAGCAAAAACAGGCUGAGGGGCAACAGACAUGGUAAUCUCCAGUUCUAAUUCCCACAACAAGGAGAUUGCCAUCAGGAAGAGGAUAGCCAGCAUAUUCAACAAACGAGAAGAGGAUUUUCCAUCUUUGAGAGAAUACAAUGAUUAUUUGGAGGAAGUUGAAGACAUGACAUUUAACUUGAUUGAAGGAUUUGAUGUCCCUGCUAUUGAAGAAAAAAUUGCAAGGUACCAGGAAGAAAAUGCUGAACAAAUAAUGAUAAAUAGAGCUCGGAAGGCUGAAGAACUGGCUGCAGCACUGGCUGCAAGUAAGGCACAUCCUGCUCAGAAUGAUGCCGAUGGGGCUCAAAACCAAAGCUCUCAAAUGGGAUACAGUGUAGGUACUCAGGGACAAUAUGCACCCACAUUUGCCGGAGGGCAGCCACGACCUACAGGAAUGGCCCCACAACCAAUUCCUCUUGGAGGGGGACCUGACAUGCUAGGUUAUGCCACUGAUGAUGAGGAAAUGAUGAAGCUCCGAGCAGAGAGAGGUGGAAGGGCAGGAGGGUGGAGUGCAGAGCUGAGCAAGAGGAGGGCCCUUGAAGAAGCAUUUGGAAGCAUCUGGAUUUUUUAGGACCAUUUUUCUUUUGUACUUCUAAAUCACACAAGGUCCUCCGUCUAGGUGUAGGGAUGCACAAUUUUCUGUCAGAUUAUGAAAUGUCAAUCUUAGCUAUAACAAAUAUACUCUUCUUUUUUUAUUUAAUCCCUUUACAUUCCCUUUUCCAUUGUAUGUUCUGCAAUUGGUACCACCAAAGUUUCUCCCAAGGUACUUCACCUUCUUCCAAGAAGUGAGUUCCUACUAAA